CAGAGGUGAGCGAACAUGGCACUGAAUAUCCUAUUGUGUUGCAACAGCCUUCCUGGAGACCUGAAGGUGUGUCUCUGCCUUUAUAAAUACCAUGCUGCUUUUACAACUAGCUCUGAUUCUUUUGAUAGAGACAAGUUGCAUCAGGAGUUGCGUUUGGGUGUCUCCAAGCCCUGUGCAAGGCAGAUAACAAGCAAAACAGGGACCAUGAAUAUCAAAAGCUUUGGACUUCUUUGUGUGUUGAUUGUGGUCUCCCACAUGCUACUAGCCAACUGUGAAAGACAGAAGGAGAGAAAAAAGGGAAGACAAGGCAUAGAAGAUGGUAGAAAAAAACAAACUGAAUCUAACCAAGGAGAUGAAAAAGGCCAGAAGUCAAAAGGAGGAAAAGCAUCUCCCAAAGGCAAGUUUAAAACCAAGGAAAACGCUGAGUGCACCUGGGCAGUGACGGACAGGAAUGCUGCGACUGUGCAUGUGGAGUGCAAACACGACGACAGUGAGUUCUGGUGUGAGUUCUCUGGAGACCCUUCAGCCUGUCCACAGUAUGCAGCAAACCAGAAAUCCUACUGGAAACAAGUCUCACGAUCCCUAAAGAAGGAGAAGCAGAUUUGUCAAGACCCAAAAAGUGUCCUAAAAUCUAAAAUAUGUAGGAAAGGCCCACGAAGCGCUCACCUCAAGCUGACCCGCUCAAGCCUGCUAACGUCAGUGGGUCCUGCGAAAGGGAACGCAAUUCAUCACACAAAAGAAGUUGUUCAGACUCCAGCAGCUGCCUCUGUGACUGAAAAAAAGCUGGAACACGGUCCUCAGGAUUGUGUUGAAGACAUCGAUUAUAUUGAUCAGAAAAAGGUAGCUGAGGAAUACUGUCCAGAAAGCUUGCUUUCUUUGUGCAACUUUUUUAUCACAAUGGUGCAAGACAAAAAAUGCUGACAGUGUUUCUAAAGCUCUCUAUCAUGAAAGUGCAGUCUCAUCUAAGUUACCACAAACUAUUCCAGAUUUUAUUCUCAUGUUAUAUAGUGUAUAUAAGAAAAAAAAGGCAUAUAUUUUUCUGAUUUUGUAUAUACACAACAGACUACACUUGACACAGUUGAAGAUGUUAUACAUUUUAUUUACACAUAGGUCGCUACACGGGUGUUACUAAUGGAUGUUACAUGCUCUACACAGAAGUAUAUAAGUAGUCUCCUUGCCCCUCUUUGAGCUGUGCUAGCCAAAGUGAUGAAUUCAGUGCCAUGCACUUCUUGGUUAUGUACAAUACUUUUGACCUAAAAAGUAUUAAGAAAAAUAAAUUUCAAAAUAUAUUCAAAA